AUGGACGCUGCUCGACUACGACAGAGAUCUGCCAGUCAUUCUUCGCUGCGCAGCCAGUAUCGAUAUCAAACCAGAAUGAUCAACUACACGAAUCCUCGUCCGCCAGCUCAUAGGCACCCCUUACGCAGAGUCAACGAAAACCCCGCUCUCCUACGCUCUCCUGGCCCUUUGGAGAGCAUGCUAAAGACUACCACCGAGACAGGUGACAUUGGCAUCUUUUCCAUCAGGCCGAAUUCCUCUUCGGCACCCUUUGAUCGACCACACAGACCCAGAUCGCAUCCCAGAGAUGUGGAUUUGUUGCUUCCAGCACGCUCAUCGGGCUAUGACGAAAACUACUACUACCGCUCCGAUGACCAUAAAAGAAUGCGGCCAUAUCGCGACACCACGUCCGAAAUUAUAUCUUUGUAUGGUUCAGAAAGUCAGCACACUCUUUUGUCGUCAGUGUCCCCAGUCAGUCUUGAAGAUGAUCCCAGGUCGUAUUCAAUGACUACAACCAGCUCAAAACGAAUCCCUUCUCAGAAAUCGACAGGGACAUUACAAAGCCAAUCCAGCGGAGGUGGCUUUCAACGUCCAAGAUCCCCCUUUCCUUACCCAACCCGAUUGAAGCGCCCAGGAGUUCGCCCAGCUUCUCCAGCUCUGAGAGAGAAUGGGGAUAUUGACUACAGUAGGAUGGUUGAGCUAGAGCGUUUUUCUCAAGUAGGCCUCCAACUAGAAGCUCAUACAGGAAUCUCUUCAUGUCUGACAUCUUCGCAGAGAACUAUUCACGGGUCAUACAAACCUACCUUCUUCCACGGCUCUCGAAGGCCACCUCCGCUUUCCCUUCGUGCAGAGGCCAAUAGGUCAACAACUUCUCUGCCGUCGAGACCGCUGCACUCACCUCAUUUUUAUGUACCGGGAUCUUACCAUGCCAGACCGCCCAAUCCCUCCAUGGCGUGGAUGCCCAGGCAGCCAAGUAGAAACCAGCCAUAUCCCACGGAUCAAAGCAAUCGAUCAGCCAGUCUUACAUCCAUCGUUGAGAUGUAUGAUAAACCAACAACUUCAAAUCAAAGUUGUGUGCCUCCUCAAUCGACCGGCUCUAUCUAUUAUGACUACAGUGAACAAUUUGAAGACCGGCCCCCUUGGGACAUUGACGUUGAUGUGCCGCUUCACCCUAUACCACAGAGAGCUGAAAAUAUUCGCCAAUCUCUGUUGCUAAUGGAUGAUAUUCAAGGACGGUUUGAUAUUGGUGAAAAUGAUUCAGACUCGUCGGAAUCCAAUAUGCAAGAGGUUGAGAAAGACUUGAUGGAGCCCUCGCACCUAUCAGACACUAGGGAACGUCAUUCUGAGGGAACGGAAGCAAAGCAGCUGACUCUCCUGGAUGAACCUGGCACCACGGAUAAUGAAUGUUCUGCUUUGUUGAAUUCUAUCGAAAUUGCUUUAAAUUCCAUUUCUGACAAAGAGCAAAGUCAACCGCCAGCUGGUUCAAUUGAAGCGUCGCCAAUUACAGAAGCAGAUACCGCUGAUAUGGGCUCAAUGAUGAACGAUCCAGCUUCUAAGAGGUCCAUCUCGCCUCUGGAAAGGUCUCCUAAAACUUUAAAGACAAGCUUCAGUUUUGAGGAAGACCUUCGAAGCCGGUCGUCGUCUCAAAAUGGCCGUCUUUCGAAGUUACGGUAUUCGCUAGAUCCUGCAUUGUCCGACUUUGCUUCUGUUUUAUCAUCUUUUGACCGAAUAGGAAGAUUGUCAAUUUCGAAAGACAACGAAGUCCAGUCCAGUGACAUGAGAAACAUUGAAUCGACUCUAUACCAGCAAUGCGAGACAGAGGCAGCUGCUUCGAAGAGACUGAGUGAGCGAUCGCCCCCACCGUCUUCAAACAAGGCUGGUACAGAGGAGAGGGCGUAUCCAAAACGUCACCGACGACAUAUCGCAACAAUGAUGAUUAGUACGGCUGGCGUUGCUUCGGAUGAGUUUUCCAAGAGUAGCCCUGGGCGAGAGGACAAGUUGCCGAUUCUCGCCCCAGAGCCCAUAUCGCCUGUACACGAGCUUAGAGUCAAGGAGAGUAUCCCUCAGCUAAUGAAAUCAUUGCCUCCGUUGCCGAGAGAAGCUCAAAAACUCUCGGGUUACGGUACUGUAGGCUUAUUACCACUACCUAGUUGCUUGGUAGACGAGCCUUUGACGCCAAGCAAAGAUGAGCCUGCAUGUAUGAACCAGAGAUUCUCGUUCAUUCCUUUGUGGGGAAGCUCGCAAAACAUGCAGUCAAAAUUCAGCACAAAGGCUGUGGCGCCAUCUCCUUCACAUCGAAUCAUUGGUGAUGUAACAUGCUCCGUUGCAGCCAGCAGGCCAUUGUACAAUGUUUUGCACGAUUAUGGACAUAGCCCAGCAGGGCAGUCAAAACCCAAGCUCAAAGCAUCAUAUAGCCAACUCGACCCAGUCCAACAUAGUCAGGGCGGCCCUUCUCCGUAUAGCAAUCGAUUGAAACAAUGCAACUCACUCGCGGAGUUGGCACCCUGCGAUGUAAAAGACCCCGUGGACGAAAGAAUCAAUACAGCUGUGGGUGGCAGAACGCAAGUAUCGAACUGUGAAUCCAACAGUGGCAGUUCAGCGAAGGCAGAAGAAAGGUCUACUCGUUUUCAACCGUCUCCUCAGCCGUCAGAUCAGUUCAAUAUUCCUUAUCCACCAUCGCCCAUACAAACCACAACUUACUCAAGCCCUAAUACAGCAAAGUUUGGGACAGCUCUGACCAAAGCGCAUAGCUAUGAUAUCGGCUCGAGUGAGCCACGCGGGCUGCGAGGUAAAUUAUCGACGCUUCGGCUGCGAUAUGUCAGCCCACAACGCUCAACUACCGCAUCAAAAGAGAACAGAUCUAUGCCUUCUUUGGGUAAAACCGGACUCUCGACGUUUCCCACCGUGGCCAGCAAAGGAACAGACAUUACCUUUGGGGAAAUGGGUAGCAAUAAAUACCUGCCACCUCUACCUGAGAUGGAUAAACAAGAGUGGCGUAUAAAGAGGUGGGCGCGAGAUGCCAGAAAGGCCGUUCGGCUAUAUGUGAAGAAGACAUUGGAUCGAUCUCUCAAAGCGAACGCGUGA